AUGGACAACUUGACCUCUGGGAGCACAUUCUUUCUUAUGGGGUUUACUGACAUUCGGGAGAUCCAGAUUUUACACGCCAUGCUCUUUCUGCUAAUUUACCUGGCAGCCCUACUUGGGAAUCUUCUCAUCAUCUUAGUCACCACCAAGGACCAUUGCCUUCACACCCCUAUGUACUUCUUCCUGAAGAAUUUGUCCUUUCUGGAUCUUGGCCUCAUUUCCAUCACUGUCCCCAAAUCCAUCACAAACUCUCUGAUGAAUUACAACACCAUUUCAUUCCUUGGAUGUGUCUCGCAGGUGUUCUUCUUUUUCUCCUUAGCUACUACAGAAGUAGCGCUCCUCACAGUCAUGUCCUAUGACCGCUAUGUUGCCAUCUGCCACCCACUCAGAUAUGACAGCAUCAUGAGCCGUGGAUCCUGUGUGCGGAUGGCUGCCUCUUCGUGGCUCAGCGGAGGUCUCAAUGCAAUCCUGCAUACGGCUUCGACCUUCUCCACACCCACGUGUGGGUCUCCUGAAGUCCAUCAGUUCUUCUGUGAUGUCCCGCAACUGCUCUCUCUUGCCUGUUCACCCAACACUGGGGAAUUCGUAGUCAUCGGACUCAGCCUAGUGUUCGAUUUUGGCUGUUUCGUGUUUAUUGAUAUUUCUUACAUUUACAUCUUCUCCACUGUGCUGAGGAUGCCCUCCAGAGAAGGCAGGGCCAGAGUUUUCUCCACCUGCUUGCCUCACCUCAUCGUUGUGACUCUGUUUCUCUCUUCUGGGUUUUUUGCCUAUUUACACCCCUUACCCAAAUCUCCAUCACUUUCGGACUUGCUGAUUUCAGUAUUCUAUACUGUGGUGCCACCCACCAUGAACCCUCUCAUCUACAGUCUGAGAAAUAAGGAUAUGAAGACGGCCCUAAAGAAACUGAGAAUGACCAGAGUUUGUCAACUAAGUUAG